AUGGAUAACACCAAUUCGACCAAACGCGUAGCCCACCAAGCGUAUACCAACCAGACCAACAACACCGGACAACAAUUAGAAGAUGAUCUGAGGGCAGAAACCACCAGCGGAAAGAUAAGCUUAGCUUGCGUUGCUCUGAAUACUUUUGGCAGCAAGAAAGCCAAGAAAGUCCUGCCAGUUGACUUUCAACCAAAUGCACACACUGUCAUUCUGGGAAGAGGAGCUUCCAGUGAUAGUUCAGGAAACCGUCAGCUGCGCAUCUUGGUGCAAAGCUACCUGCAGCAAUAUCUGGACGCUCCUGACAAACUAGGCAAAUCUCUAAUUGUAUCUCAGGUCCUUGACAUUGUCAGAGAGAAUAGCCCUAGAGCGGCCUUUGUCAAGUUCGAAAAGGGCCGAUGGGUUGAUGUCGGAGAAAGAACUUCCAGAGAGAAAGUGGGUUCCAUGUUCAGGGAUUGUUUAGGGGACAAGUACAAGUCCAGCGCCAAGACCAAGACGGCUAUCAGAGCACAAAAGAGGAAAGCCAAGCAGCAACAAGAAGAACUAACGCAUCAGACAGAGGCUCAACAAGGACUUUUGCAACUAAAGAGGCCGCCAGGGUGGUAA